AAUUAUCAGGUUCCCGUGGCAACUGGUAAAAGCUAAAGUGAGAAGGACCAUCGAGGAAGCUUUGAAAGUCUGGAGCGAUGUGACUCCGCUGACCUUCACCGAGGUGCAGGAGGGACGGGCUGAUAUCAUCAUCGACUUCACAAGGUACUGGCAUGGAGACAACUUGCCUUUUGACGGGCCCGGAGGGAUCCUGGCACACGCGUUCUUCCCCAAGACUCACCGGGAGGGAGAUGUCCACUUUGACUAUGAUGAGACCUGGACGAUUGGGAACAACCUGGGCACUGACCUCCUGCAAGUGGCUGCUCAUGAGUUUGGCCACGUCCUGGGCCUGCAGCAUACGUCCGUCUCCAAGUCACUGAUGUCUCCUUUCUACAUCUUCCGCUACCCGCUGAGCCUGAGCGAGGAUGACAAGCAAG